AUGGCGCCCUCGCUGGUGCAUCCUGCCAGCUACGGCCAGGUCAUCGAAUACAUCCAAGAUCGCCUCUACCUCGCGUCCUACACUCACGCACCUGACGAGCAUACUCCUUUCCCAUAUCCCACCCAGGCAAAGAAAUCGCCACAGAAGAAGUCCUCGAAAGCGCAGUCGGGUGCCAUUCCUGCCAUUCUCCGACCCCCCCCGGUCUACUUCACCAUCGACGACACUCUUCUGUACAAUGCAUUUCAUGCCGACUUCGGUCCGUUGCACAUUGGCCACCUGUAUAGGUUCGCCGUCCAGUUCCAUGAAAUCCUCGGGGACCCAGCCAACAACGACAAGGCCGUCGUCUUUUGGAGCAGAGCCGAUGCGAGGAGUCGAGCAAACGCUGCGUGUCUGGUCGCAUGCUAUAUGGUCCUGAUCCAAGCAUGGCCUCCUCACCUUGCCCUGGCCCCCAUCGCGCAGGCCGAUCCUCCCUAUAUGCCAUUCAGAGAUGCAGGCUACAGUCAGGCAGAUUUUAUUCUCAACAUCCAAGAUGUGGUGUACGGCGUCUGGAAAGCCAAAGAGGAGAAUUUGUGUCAGCUUAAGGAGUUUAAUUUAGAAGAGUACGAGCGAUUCGAACGAGUUGAUCAAGGGGAUUUCAACUGGAUCUGUCCCCAAUUUGUGGCCUUCGCAUCUCCUCAAUCUGAGCCAACAGCGCCCAUUCCCAUCUCAUCCCCAGCCUAUGCAACACUGCCAUCUUGCAUCCCAGACAUCCAGCAUGCCAGAAUACCCCAACCCUUCAAGAACGUCCUCGCUCAUUUCGUCCAACGUGAUGUUGGUUUGGUCGUUCGGCUCAACUCGGAGCUCUACUGUCCAACAUAUUUUACUGCCCUCGGUAUUCAACACAUUGAUAUGAUUUUCGAAGAUGGAACCUGUCCCGCCAUUCCCAUUGUCCGCAAGUUCAUUAAGUUAGCCCACAACGCCAUUGCAAAGAGCAAAGCCAUCGCCGUCCAUUGCAAGGCCGGUCUCGGGAGGACUGGGUGCUUGAUCGGGGCUUAUUUGAUCUAUCGCCAUGGCUUCACUGCAAACGAGGUUAUUUCCUUCAUGCGAUUCAUGCGUCCUGGAAUGGUGGUCGGACCACAACAACACUGGCUUCACCUAAACCAGGGACAGUUCCGAGAAUGGUAUUUGGAAGACCAGUUGAAGGCGAAGCUGGAGCUGAACAAGCCCUCGACGCCUCGCAUGAUGUCAGCGAAGACACCCAUACGUGUUCCCAGCGGGGCACAGGCUGCGACUCCAGAUCGUUCCAGCGCCCAGAGAACUGCUCUUGGUGAGAUUGAUGGUAAUGACGUCUCGAACGCUGGAGUUUAUCAGGACGAAAACCUUCCAGCGCCGACGCCAGGCCAGCCUCGAAAGUAUGCGCGAAUGGAUCCUCGAACUCACCCUUAUGCGCGAUCUACUUCCGGCACCAUGCGCGUCAAUGGCAACAAGUCUGAGAGCGAAGUCGCGACGGUCGAGACACAUAGAGUCAGUACGAACGGUGCGGAAAGCGAAGAGGAGCUCAUUCUCCAACGAGCAGCAUCUCGCCGAAGCCAAAGCAAGAGUCCUGCUAGUAAAGGCAAGGCUCGCAGUGUUUCGUACACUACCACCACGACAACAAUGACAAAGACCUUCGAUGUGGGUGACACCAUGGGCAUCUAUGAGGACGAAGGUGAUAUCAAUUUCCAGAUAGAGGACACCAAUGCCAUAUGGGAUGAGCUCGCACAAGAACAAGAGAAUCUUAAACUCAGUACAAUGAGUGAGAAGAGUCCAAACGGGGCUGCUCGACCAAAGACUCCACGGUCUGCCAGUGGAAUGGGUGCCAUGGGUGUCCCGAAGACGCGGUCGCUCAGGGAAUCACCACGCCGCGGCGGGGUCGAGGAUAAGAUGAAGGUCAGGAAGACAAGUGGACGAGUAGGCAGUGCCAGUCACGGACCAGUUGGUGUGAAGCGGUAG